UCCAAUCUCUGGACACACUUCCAAACACUCCUCCGGGGCGCAGCACACAGGACACGCGCGCUAAAGUAAGAAAGCUUUUUGAACUCAGCACCACAAUCUCUGAUUGUUUCAGGGUGGCUCGCUGUAAAGUUUAAACUUUACUUUGAUUUCCAGAGGAUUCUUUGUUCGGAUGCGAAAGUACAGCGGGCUUCUUAUUCUCUCCCUCUGCGUAUCGAGAGCAUUCUUCAUAUGAUGCUCGGAUUUUGCAAAAGUGUUUUCUCCACGCUUUGGAUCCAAAAUGUGAGGAUUUCUGUCGGAAUAACUUCGGACGCUGAAUAAAGGGAAGCCUGAUCUCCGUUGUGACCAGCGUGAAGCUCGUUUUAAUCCAACCAAGUCUGAAAUGGGGCCGUCAUCUAAGCUGCUUCUCGUUGCUUUUUUGGUUUGGGUUGAAGGUUCCUCUCUUCACUACUCGGAAAGCCGCUCAAGUCGCCUCUAUCCAGAGAAAACCUUUGGCCGAUCCAUCAAAGACUCCCAGUGCCAGCACAUGCUAAAGCACCUUCACAAUGGCGCCCGGAUCACUGUGCAGAUGCCUCCCAGCGUGGAGGGCCACUGGGUGUCCACCAGCUGUGAGGUCAGACCAGGCCCAGAGUUCCUGACACGCUCCUACAGGUUUUACCCCAACAACACCUUCCAGGCUCACCAGUUUUAUUAUGAGGACAACCACUGCACCAAACCCAUCUACACGCUGGUGAUUCGGGGUCGACUGCGCUUACGCCAGGCCUCCUGGAUCAUCCGCGGUGGCACAGAGGCGGAGUACCAGCUCCAUCGUGUCCAGAUGGUGUAUCACACAGCCACCGUGGACAAAGAGCUCAGCCAGAGGCUCAACCGCAGCUGCCGAGGGGCAGUGAAGGGCGCCUGGGAACCCAACGCGAUGUACGAGCUGGUGAGCGAGGAGGGCGACUACGACUGCACCAGAGAGCUUAACUUUGCCAUGCAUGAGCUGCAGCUGCUGAGAGUGGAGAAGCAGUACCUGCACCACAACCUGGAUCACCUGGUGGAGGAGCUGUUUCUAGGAGACAUACACACUGAACCAUCGCAGAGGUUGUACUACAAGCCGUCCAGCUACCAGACCGCUUUGCAAAACGCCAAGAACCACGACCACAGCUGCAUCGCCUGUCGUAUCAUCUACCGCUCGGACGAGUUCCACCCUCCCAUCCUGCCGCCGCGGGCCGACCUGACCGUCGGGUUGUACGGUCAGUGGGUGAGCCAGCGCUGCGAAGUUCGCCCGGAGGUCCUCUUCCUGACCCGCCACUUCAUCUUCCACGAUAACAACCACACCUGGGAGGGCCAUUACUACCACUACUCGGACCCCAUCUGUAAACACCCCACCUUCACCAUCUACGCCCGUGGCCGCUACAGUCGAGGGCUUCACUCAACCCGCGUCGUGGGAGGAACAGAUUUUGUCUUCAAAGUGAACCACAUGAGAGUGACUCCCAUGGACGUGGCCACCACAUCCCUCCUCAAUGUCUUCAGUGGUAAUGAGUGUGGAGUGCAGGGGUCUUGGCAGGUCGGUGUGGAGCAGGAUGUCACCCUAACCAAUGGCUGCGUGGCGUUGGGCAUCCGGCUGCCGCACACAGAGUAUGAGCUGUUCCGCAUGGAGCAGGACGCUCAUGGACGCUACCUGCUCUACAACGGCCAGCGCCCCAGCGACGGCUCCAGUCCGGACCGCCCGGAGAAGCGAGCCACGUCCUACCAGAUGCCCCUGGUCCAGUGUUCAUCCAGCAGCCAGCCAUCAGAUUCCAGCCAAAGGGAUGACACAGAGAGGCCUCCGUUGCACCCCAACGGCUGCACAGGAUGGCACAGAGGCGGCCAGAAACGCGCCGCGCUGGCCAUCGCCGCGUUCGUUACUGCUCAACUUCUUUUCUGGCAAAGCUAGAGAGCAGGUUGAGUAUUUUAUCCACAAAGACACAAAAGAGGAGUGUGGAUUCAUCAGAGACCCAGAGGGGGUCACAGAGACUGCAUUGGUAGACUAAGUUUACAUUUGUUGUUUUAAUGAAUAAAGGAGCAUAAAGACUGGUCCCUAAACCUCUGAACUCUUUACCAAAGACUUGAGACUGCUGCACCACAGAAACUGCACUUUAGAGUGGAACCAAAGACUGACCUGUGUUUAUACAAACAUACAAAGAUGUCUUUAUAUCCACACACAGACAUGAGAAUAUGUUAUAUAUGAUCUAUUUACCUGCGACUGUUUUAUAUGAUCUAUCAUCGGAGGACACGCUCGUCACCGUUUACAAUAAAAUGUACUUAACGUGUUAGAAUCUUUUUUUUUCUUUUCUUCGACAUAUAGCCUUGAAGUAUGGUGAAGUCGGCAGCAGGUAUUGGCCUCCUAUUCCAAAUAAUGACCAAGCUCUUGUCUUGAAUGAAAUAAAACUCUUUCAUGUGCCAACAGUUACCCUCCAUGUAAUCUAGAGAGAUGUUUUUGUUCCCUCGCCGCUCAGACAGCUGCUUCCUCGCUGGCAGACACUCGACCUUGAGUCCAACGAGGCGGUUUUGUAGUUACGCAAUGCUCACAGUGGGAACGACACCUGGAAAAGUGACAAACUACCACAUCCGAGAAUGCAGGAGAUCACUUCAAGUGAGAGCUACAUUAGUUUGUCCAAGUCAUUCUCUAUGCUACUAAUAAAGUGGAUAUUUUGGUUCUUUAUCUAUUGCAA